UCUAAGUUAAAAUAAAAUUUUUGGUCAUAACCGUGAUUCUAUUUAUCCAUGUUUUGUUGUUUUCGUCGGCAAGGUAAACGAAUGGUGUCACGUUCAAGCACCCUAAUUAUACAGUUUGAAAGGUGCAUCUGUUUUCGUUACGUAUCCAGUUUCUUCAAACCACUUGCAUUCACGUCACUCAGUUUAUUAUCCACGCAUUCAAGUAAAUUACCGAAAAACUGGGCCAAAAAACGUCUGUCUUCCUAUAAAAUUCAAUUUGUUAAAACUAUGGAAGUACAAAGCUUACUUGAACCUUUCAGGUUAUCCGUCAAAGAGCAGGGUGAUUUAGUGAGAAAGUUAAAAGAGAAUGGUGCUCCUGAAUUAGACAUUAAAAAAGCUGUCAAUGAACUUAAAGUUAGGAAAAAAGCUUUGGAAGACAAGGAAUUAGAAGUUGCGCCUCCUGAUGUUGGAUUUGAUAGAGCCCGUAUGGAAGACUUGCUCAAAAGAAGAUUUUUUUAUGAUCAGUCAUUUGCUAUAUAUGGAGGUGUUACUGGUCAAUUUGAUUUUGGACCAAUGGGUUGUGCAAUGAAAAAUAACAUAUUGAAUUUGUGGAGGUCACAUUUUAUCUUAGAGGAACAAAUGCUGGAAGUGGACUGCACAAUACUUACACCUGAGAAUGUUUUAAAAGCGUCUGGUCAUGUGGAUCGUUUUGCAGAUUUAAUGGUGAAAGAUUUAAAAAAUGGAGAAUGUUUCAGAUUAGACCACCUUAUAAAAGCUCAUUUGGAAAAGCUGAUGAGUGAGAAAACGACUCAGCAAAAAGCAGAUUAUGAAGACAUCAUUGUGAAG